CUCCCACCUCCCUUUUGUUUUCGGUUUUCCUCUUUCCUUAUUUUGCUCCCCACCGGCGGCGCCUAUUACACCAGCGGGGUGGGGCCAGACUGUUCUCUACGACUUCCAUGGAAAUGCCCAACCGCGAAGGGUGCAGUUGGCAAAGGGAUUGAACUGUUGCAAGUGUUAUUUGUUCAGGAUGUUGCGAAUGUGGGUGCAGUCAUGCAGUCAGCACCCUUUAAUUGUUCUGGUAGCCUCAUCAUCUACAUUUUAUGCCCUUUGCAGUUAACUUGCUACCCAAAAACUUUUCUCUGUUCCAAGUUGAAAAAUUCAUACCCAAGAAAUGGAAACAAAGUGUUAAAGUAUCAGACAUUCAAAACAAUAUUGAGUCCUUUGUUUCUAGUUCUCAUGAACUUAUCGUAGGGACUCAUAUGCCCUAUGAUGAAUCUAUGGUGGAUUGCCUUCUUUUGACCUUGAAAAAUUUUGUCAGUCAAGGCCAUUUAGCAAAAGCUGUUAGAACUUUUGGUCUUAUUCAGUUGCAUGUACCCUUACAAUCCCCAUGUGACACAGUGCUACAGUCCUUAUCAUCUCUCUUGUUAUGUUGUACUAACCUCAAGUCAUUUAGUGAGGGUAAACAACUCCAUGCCUACAUCAUUACUUCUGGCCUUGCACGCCAUCGAAUGUUGGUUCCUAAAAUAGUCACCUUCUACACAACAUUUGAUUUACUUUUUGAUGCUCACAAAGUGACUGAAACUUCAAACAUUUUGCAUCCUUUGCCCUGGAAUCUCCUUAUUUCUUCUUAUGUGAAAAAUAGGCACUAUGAGGAAGCUCUAUCCGCCUAUAAGCAAAUGGUAAGUAAGGGAAUCUGGCCUGAUAAUUUCACUUAUCCAUCUGUUCUCAAGGCUUGUGGUGAACAGGUAAAUCUUGCUUUUGGAAGGGAGGUUCACAAGUCUAUAGAUGCUAGUUCACCAGAGAAAAACUUAUUUGUUCAGAAUGCUUUAGUGUCAAUGUAUGCUAAGUGUGGGGAACUCGAUGUUGCCCAUGAUAUUUUUGAACAAAUGCCAGUUAAGGAUGAAGUUUCUUGGAACUCAAUCAUUUCUGGAUAUGCCUCUAAUGGUAUAUGGAUUAAAGCCAUAGAUCUUUUUGAAAACAUGAUGGCUAAUGGUAUUGAGUUAAAUAUUAUCACUUGGAAUACUGUAGCUGGUGGUUGCUCAAAAACGGGCAACUUUACUGGGACUUUUGAAUUGCUCUCUCGGAUGAGAAAUUGUGGAUUUCAGUUGGAUCCUGUGGCUGUUCUUAUAGGUUUAGGAGCAUGUUCUCAGACUGGUUUGUUAAGGUUGGGGAAAGAAAUUCACUGUUUGGCAAUUCGAAAUUAUUUUGAGAAUUUUGAUAAUGUAACAAAUGCUUUAAUCACUAUGUAUGCCAGAUGCAAAGGUCUAAAACAGGCAUAUAUUCUCUUUCAGUUGAAAGAGACAAAAACUAUAGUUUCCUGGAACUCAAUCAUAUCUGGUUUUUCACAUUGGGAUAAAUAUGAAGAAACAUCAUUCCUUUUCAGAGAAAUGUUGUUUUCUGGCUUUGAACCAAAUUUUGUGACAAUUGCAAGCAUACUUCCCCUGUGUGCUCGGGUUGCAAAUCUGCAACAUGGCAGAGAGUUUCACUGCUACAUUACAAGGCAUGAAGGUUUUGAGGAACAAUUGUUAUUGUGGAAUGCUCUUCUGGAUAUGUAUGCAAGAUCAGGAAAAGUUUCUGUAGCCAAGAAACUAUUUGACUCCAUGAGGAAGAAAGAUACAGUGACGUACACUUCAUUAAUAGCUGGAUAUGGUAUACAAGGAAAAGGAAAAGCUGCAAUUAAACUUUUUGAGGACAUGAUUAGGUCCCAGUUAAAACCAGAUCAUGUCACCAUGGUUGCUGUUUUGUCAGCCUGUAGUCAUUCAGGUCUUGUAAUGCAGGGAGAGAAGUUAUUUGAACAGAUGCAAAGUGUUUAUGGUAUAAGUCCUCAACUGGAGCAUUUUUCCUGUAUGGCUGAUCUCUUUGGGAGGUCAGGUUUACUAAAAAAGGCUGUACAUGUUCUCAAGAAGAUGCCGUUUGAGCCAACAGCUGCAAUGUGGGCAACAUUGAUUGGGGCGUGUAGAAUCCAUGGAAAUACCGAGAUAGGGGAAUGGGCAGCUGAGAAACUGCUGGAAAUGAGGCCAGAUAAUUCAGGAUACUAUGUUUUGAUAGCAAACAUGUAUGCUGCUGCUGGUUGUUGGAACAAACUAGCUAAAGUGAGGACCUUAAUGAGGGACUCAGGUGUGAGGAAAGAUCCAGGAUGUGCUUGGAUUGAUAUGGGAGCUGGAUUUUCCUCCUUUAUGGUUGCAGACACCUCAAACAGUCAAAGGUGUGAAAUUUAUUCUUUGUUGGGAGGACUGACUAGGCAAAUAAAAGAUGCUUCUUAUGUUGCUAAUGAGGAAUCAACAUUAAAUGAAGAAGCUUAUUAGGUCGAUUGGGUAGAACUCAAAAAGGAACAAAUUUCUCAUUUUGAAGACUGAAACUAUAGUGACAAUUGAUACACAUUGCAGACAGGGGAUAUCUUGGUUUCAAUGAAGGAUGUGGCUCAUUCAGUCAUCAAUUGAUGAUCAAAUUCUAUUGCAAAACUGGUAGCAUUAGCCUGUUCACUACCUGCUACAUUUGGGAUCAGCUAGAACAAAGUAGAUAUGUGGUAAUAGUCAUUAGCGAUGAUUUCAAAUCGGAGGUCUCUAUGAUAAAUUGCUGUAAAAGAUUCUUCAGUUUCUUUUGGGUAGAAGUCAGCAUUCCUUGAAGAAGAGACAGAAAAAUGUCUACCAGUGACAGAUAUGAGGGGGUGAUUCCACAGCAGCACUACAUAAUCAUCAUUAUGUAACAGCUUAUUGGCUGUUAUUAUAUUUCAUGUUGAGAUAGAGUGCCAAAUUCCUUUCAAGUAGAAGGAAUGAGCAAUCAACUCAUAAUUACUACAUGCUUUAGAAGGCAAUUUGGUGGGGCUACACUCAUGGUGCAGAGACUCAGUCUGCAUCAUGUGAGCAUCAAAUACUAGCUAAAUCCUUUUGAAUGGUAGUCAUAAAUGAUAUCCAGAACUCAUGGAAAUUGAAACUUGAAAGCAUCUUUUCAAUAAGGAAUCAAAGUACCAUUGUGUGCUGUAGUAUAUAGUCUGUGCUGAAAUGUAGAAAAAUGCUUGGCAAACUGGAGUCUAAUGCCCCCACCCCGCCCUCGUGCCCUGCAUAAAUGCUAAUCCUUAUGCCAUGGGUUGGUGUACACAGUGCACUAUGGAUUCUGGUGUAUGUAUGUGUCUUAUGUUGUGAGUUUUUGUAUCUUGUGUUAUGAAAUUCUGUCUUUAGAAUAUGAAUCCUGUACUUGAAACAAAUUAGUAAUUGUGUCUUGUGUUAUGAAUUUAUGUCUUGUGUUUUUAAA